GACGGCCGCCCCCUGCCGCCACGGCCGGGCCCCCAAGGCCACCAUGAAGAAGGAGGUGUGCUCCGUAGCCUUCCUCAAGGCGGUCUUCGCCGAGUUCCUGGCCACCCUCAUCUUUGUCUUCUUCGGUCUCGGCUCGGCCCUCAAGUGGCCAUCGGCACUGCCCUCCAUUCUGCAGAUCUCGAUGGCCUUUGGCUUGGCCAUAGGCACCCUGGCCCAGGCCCUGGGACCCGUGAGUGGAGGCCACAUCAACCCCGCUGUCACUCUGGCGCUCUUAGUAGGCAACCAGAUCUCGCUGCUCCGGGCUGUCUUCUACGUGGCAGCUCAGCUGGUGGGUGCCAUUGCCGGAGCUGGCAUUCUCUACGGGGUGGCACCGACCAAUGCCCGGGGCAACCUGGCCGUCAAUGCGCUCAACAACAACACGACGCCGGGCCAGGCUGUGGUGGUGGAGCUCAUUCUGACCUUCCAGCUGGCUCUCUGCAUCUUCUCCUCCACUGACUCGCGCCGCACCAGCCCUGUGGGCUCCCCGGCCCUGUCCAUUGGCUUUUCUGUCGUGCUGGGCCACCUUGUUGGGAUCUACUUCACUGGCUGCUCCAUGAACCCGGCCCGCUCUUUUGGCCCCGCAGUGGUCAUGAAACGGUUCAGCUCCUCGCACUGGGUCUUCUGGGUGGGGCCCAUUGUGGGGGCCAUGCUGGCUGCCAUCCUCUACUUCUAUCUGCUGUUCCCCCGUUCCCUGAGCCUCAGCGAGCGUGUGGCCAUCAUUAAGGGCACGUAUGAACCAGAGGACGACUGGGAAGAGCGGCGUGAGGAGCGCAAGAAGACCAUCGAGCUGACUGCCCACUGACCCGCAUCAGGCAGGCACGGAAAUCACAGGAGAGAAAAAGAGAAGAAAAACGUGACAGCAAAGCUUCCUUCCCCACAGCUGGGCCUCUUGCCUGGGAAGAAGGUGCUGGCUCCCCAGGCUGCACAGUUUGAGACAGGAGCAGGAGCUGAUGGGCUGCUCCAGGAGGGGCCAGAGCUGGAGUCUGGUGGGGGCCAGGUUUUUCUGGGACAGGGCAGACUGUGCUGCUGCAAUGUCAGACAUCAGAAAUUAAAGGCAGUGCCAAACUUUCACGCUGCCCCUGGGCUAGGGCGGACAGGUGUGUCUGUGUCUGUUUCCCCACUCUCCCUAACCCCUCGAGAGCUAGAGCCAGCCCCUGGGGGGCUGCUUCAGGCCUCCCCCAGAGCACCUUAGCGGGGAGACAGGCUGUUUCCUUGAAUGCCACCUUAUUUAUUUUUGGACAAGGAUGCUUGGAAUGGGGCUGCUGGUGUUUGGGUUGGGAACUCCCAAUAAAACAC